AUGACCGGACCGGCCAACGCAAGAUUUGGUACUGAUGCGAUGGGCUGGGGAAAAUAUCCGGCCUUGGAAGAGGAGAGCUUGCCUGUUUGGGGAGGACGAGCGAACCAGAGCGAAGUGCAGUCUGGGCGAGGCAGGAACUCGCUAAUACUCAAGGAAGGAGGAGGAGGUUACGUUCAGAAGCACCUACCUCAGCAACGUGGACAUGGCACAACGAGCGCCGGCAGGAGGAAGGCGGCCCGCGCAAAACCAGGAACCAAAAACCACACAAGGAAGCAGAAGGCAGAAGAUAAGAGGCAAGAGGAGGCAGGAGGGUCCGAGCGGGAAUCCACGAGAGACAGCUUUGAAGACCAAGCGAUUGGCUUCCCGCUAAGACAAGCCCAAGACGCCGUACAAAGCGAGUCUGACGCCCCCAAAUUCCCCAUCCAAGCGGAUGAGGUCGUUGACUCCUGGACUUCCACGACUCCUCGAGGCCCUUGGGAGAAGAAGUAUAUCCCAGGAGAAGCCACAACGGGAUACCUUGGGCCUCAUGGCGUGCGAAGCGGGCAAGCGGGGUCGACCCGGUUCUGGGAUCCCGAGCUGCUUGAGGACGCCAAAGACGGGCAAGAGCAAGCCACCAUGCAAUUCAAGUGCUAG